AUGAAGAUCAGAAAUGCUUGUACUGUCCUUAUUGAAGUACUCCUGUUUAUACUUGAAGGAGUUACAGGAGCUCGAAAGUUUUCAACUUUCUCAGGCCCUGGCUCAUGGCCGUGCAAUCCCAAGUGUGAUGGCAGAACUUACAACCCCUCAGAGGAGUGUUGUGUUCAUGACACCAUCCUGUCCUUUAAGCGGAUUAACCUCUGUGGCCCUAGCUGCACCUAUAUGCCCUGCUUUGAGCUCUGCUGUCCUGAGUCCUAUAGCCCCAAGAAGAAAUUUAUUGUCAAGCUUAAAGUUCACGGAGAGAGAUCCCAUUGCAGUUCAUCCCCUAUCUCCAGGAACUGUAAAAAGAUUUUUCAUGGAGAAGAUAUUGAAGAAGAUUAA